AUGGAGGGUAACGCCUUCGUGGAGGCCGACACUGCUACAAUGGCGGUAUGCUUCCCGCAGACGGCAACACCGAAUCGACCGUUUAUUCCCUGCGAUCGGCGAGGAAGACUGCGGGCGUUCCUACGUCCAAACAGAGUGAAGACUGCCAAGUACUCGGUUUUGACUUUUCUACCACUGAAUUUGUGGCAUCAAUUUCAUGUCUUCGCCAACUUGUACUUCCUCUGCAUGGCAGGGCUUCAGAUGCUGCCGUGGAUAUCGGACUCGGAUGGUCGUCCGUAUAUCCUCCUACCCCUGGGCUUUGUUCUCGCUGUUACUGCUAUCAAGGACGGCUUAGAAGACUACAACCGUCAUAAGGCCGACUCUGAGGAGAACAAGAGGGACGUGGCGUUAGUGGUCCCCGAUGGGGAUGUCUGCACUGUGGUCCAGUGGGAAGCUCUGAGGGUCGGCGAUGUCAUUCGACUUGAACGAGGAGAUCGCGUCCCUGCUGAUGUGGUGAUACUAGCGAGCGCUGAUGACAAUGAAGAAGGACAAGUGUUUGUUGGCACGGAGCAUCUCGAUGGUGAAACCUCUUUGAAACCGAAGUCGGCAUUGGCUCAGACUAACAGGCUCAUUGCUUCUGAUGGAGACGCGGGGAAUCUCAACUCGCAGUUCGGCAUUUGUCGAACGAGACUGAGAGUCCGAUAUGAAACCUCAUGUGAGAGUCUUCACUCUUUCCAUGGUGUGAUCGAGAUAGAGGGGUGUUCGGAUGGUCUUCUACCUCUAUCGGUCGAUCAAGUCAUUUUCCGAGGCAGCACUGUUGAGACGACAUCGCGCCUUUGGGCUGUUGUAGUUUAUACCGGUCAUGAAACGCGGAUUCUUAAGAAUGCUAUGAAGCUGAAGCCGCGGUAUAAACUGUCCAAGCUCAUGCUGUGUUACAACAAACACAUUAUUUGUCUUUUUGCCAUACAGUUCGCUCUGUGCUCGCUCACUGCUGUUCUGCAUCUAUCGCUUUCCCUCGCCUUCAUGGACCGCCAUUUUUACUUGUCCAAGGCGGAUGUGUUUGACGUUCUUAAGGUUUUCGGUGCGCAGUUACUACAGCUUACCCAAUUCGUUCCCAUAAGCAUUCUUGCUACGCUCGAGGUCGUGAAGGUGGUUCAGUCCUUGUUGGUCGUGGACCGCGAUCCUGAAAUGCCCGGCUGUAAGACUAACACCUGUACAAUCAUGGAAGAGCUCGGCUCCGUCCGUCACGUUUUCACCGACAAGACCGGUACUUUGACUGAGAAUGUCAUGUUGCUCAAGUCUCUAUGUAUCGUCCGACCAGGGUUACCACUGAGUCCCUCUACUCGCGUACUAGAUAACGCCUCGGCCGAGCCCCCCGACAGUCCACGACGAGGUCGUCCUACUGGUUUCUCUGACUUCUGGUCCCACAGUAUGCACGAGUCAGUGCCGAGGUGUUUACAAAACCAUGUUGCGACUGAUUUCCCUGUUGAGGAACUGCGAGCGGAAUGGGGCUUCGAUACGACAGAAGCUCGACUGCUCCUCCUGGCGAUGGCGGUUUGUCAUUCGGUCAUUGCUCGAGCUCAGGAGUACUGCGCCGACCUCAUCCUCGACGCGAGCUCCCCUGACGAGCUCGCUUUAGUGGCCGGUGCUGCCAUUCUUGGCCUUGUAUUCUACGGUAGGCGCGGCUCGAAUGAGGUUCGCCUCAAAGUUGACCAUCCGUGGGCCGCUCGUAUGCUUGGCUCUGUGGUUGGCGAGGUGAGCGUGAACGUCUUGUUGACGUUGCCGUUCGACAGCGACAGGAAGCGGAUGAGCGUCGUUGUUGAGUUCCAAGGGGAAACUAUGUUGCUAUGCAAAGGCGCUGACUCUGCUAUGAUAGCCGCUGCGAGUGAUGGUGUGAACCCUGAGCUGAUGCAGGCUGUUGACAAGUACUCUGAAGUCGGUCUUCGCACUCUUGUCUUUGGCUGGAAAAAAUUCGACCCUAUAGAACUGCGAGAACUCCUCACAGAGGUGUACGAGGCCAACUUGAAUGGUUCACCCGAGCGCUUGAGAGAUGCCAUGGAAGCAUUGGAAUCCGGUCUGGACCUGGUCGGCUGUUCUGGCGUUGAAGACAUGCUCCAGCCCAGGGUUCCCGAGACCUUGGAAGCCCUGCGAGAGCACGGCAUGAAGGUGUGGAUGCUCACUGGUGACAAAGUCGAGACUGCUGUUAAUAUUGGCCAUAGUGCCGGGUUGUUCCCACCCGAUGGACAAAGCUAUCUCCUUGAUACGACAGAUGCCGUCGAGCUCAGUGAGAUGUUGCAGUUCACUCGCCCUAUGGUCACGACUCAGUCACAGAGUAGCGUCAUUUUAACUGGGGAUUCCUUGUCUGUUAUACUCCGGAGUCGGCAACUUCGGGCGUUGCUAUUCGAGGCGCCGAUAGCCUUCGUGAUGGCAUGCCGAGUGACCCCAGCUCAGAAGACUGAGCUUGUGACCACUGCUCGGGCCUAUUGCUCUGGUCUGGCCUCGCGUGGAGAGGAGACGGUCCGUAGCAGCUCGCAAGGUGGGGCGGUCCUUGCUAUUGGUGAUGGUGCUAACGACGUUGGUAUGAUCCAAGCCGCGGAGGUUGGCGUUGCGGUGGCUGGUUAUGAAGGAGCUCAAGCUGUUCGCGCCAGUGACUUCGUUAUCACACGAUUCCAUCAUCUACAGCAUUUACUCCUUUUUCAUGGUCCUGAGCUCUUGAGGAAGAACGCGUUUGUUGUAUAUUAUUCGAUAUUCAAAAACGCUGGUUUUUCACUGUUACCAUUUGUGUACGGUAUUGCUUGUGCGUUCUCUGCGACCAGCGUCUACCAGGUGGUCUUGAAACAAUUUUAUAACACCUUUUUCACGGUCUUGCCAGUGAUAGCUUAUGCAGUGUUCGACCACCAGGGGUUCAUUCGAGCCGUGGGGCCCUGGGAGGCCCGCUUCGGCCCUUGGCAUCUCAUCGUGUGGACGCUAAGAGGACUAUGGUGUGCAUUCAGCUUCUUCCUGGGCUCGUUGAUACCAUUUGCUACUUUCGCCAAUUCUUUGGUCGGUAUAUACUCUGUCAAGGGAUACGCUGAAAUCUCCACAGAGAGCCUCGGUCUGCUAGCCACUGCGACUUCCGUUAUUUUCUUCAACUCGGCAAUUUACAUCUGGUCAACCUCCCCGGCUAGUCAUGGCCUCUAUGCUUUUGGUACCGGACUCUUUCUACUUGUGUGGCUUGCUCUGGACCAAUCGGUUUUCGCCUCUGCCGGUAGACUGUAUCUGUGGUCACCGAUGGGAAUCGCAGCGUUGCUUUUAUCACUUUCUCUCGCUGGGUUGUCUCUUAUUUUCGCUGUCGAUUCACGCUUGGGGCGCUUUGUGGCUAUCAAAAAUGAUUUGGAACUGCAAGAACAGGCCGAUCAAGGAAAGUCGACGGCGGCCUCGAAUUCGAGCACGGAUCCAUUGGAAUAACGUAUCGCUGCUAUCCAGUUCAUCUCAUCUUCGUCA